GUGCCCACCAUAUUUGAUAAACAAGGAGCACGACUACUUGCUGUUGCUUUUCUUGUUGUUUCAAGGACAUGGGUCUCAGAUCGUAUUGCAUCACUGAAUGGUACUACUGUGAAGCUUGUUUUAGAGCAGGAUAAAGUUUCCUUUAUUCGUUUAAUUGGGAUAAGUGUUCUUCAAAGUGCUGCAUCUUCUUUCAUUGCACCUUCUAUAAGACACUUGACUGCAAGGCUUGCCCUUGGGGGCCGGAUUCGUUUGACACAACAUCUGCUCAAGAACUACUUAAGAAACAAUGGAUUUUACAAGGUCUUCCACAUGGCAAGCAAAAAUAUUGAUGCUGAUCAGAGGAUAACUCAUGACUUGGAGAAGUUAACAACAGACCUGUCAGGACUGGUCACUGGAAUGGUAAAGCCAUCUGUGGAUAUUUUGUGGUUCACUUGGAGGAUGAAGCUGUUAACAGGUCGGAGGGGAGUUGCCAUACUCUAUGCUUACAUGUUACUUGGUCUGGGAUUUCUAAGAACUGUUACUCCAGAUUUUGGUGAUUUGAUAAGUCAAGAACAACAACUUGAAGGAACAUUUAGGUUCAUGCAUGAAAGACUCUGUACUCAUGCUGAAUCUGUUGCUUUCUUUGGAGGUGGUGCUCGAGAAAAAGCUAUGGUCGAGUCUAGAUUCAAUGAGCUUCUCACUCACUCCAAGUACCUUUUAAAAAGGAAGUGGCUGUUUGGUAUCCUGGAUGAUUUUAUCACAAAGCAGCUUCCACAUAACGUGACUUGGGGCUUGAGCUUGUUAUAUGCUAUGGAACACAAGGGAGAUCGUGCAUCAAUAACUACCCAGGGUGAGCUAGCACAUGCACUGAGGUUUUUGGCAUCUGUUGUUUCUCAAAGCUUUUUAGCUUUUGGUGAUAUUCUUGAAUUGCAUAGAAAGUUUGUAGAGCUCUCUGGUGGAAUUAACCGGAUUUUUGAACUUGAAGAACUUCUGGAUGCAGCACAAUCUGAGGAUUUCAUGAAUGUUAGUUCUAUACCUCCAGUGAGAGACGUUAAUUCCACUGAAGUCAUUUCCUUCUCAAAAGUUGAUAUCAUAACCCCUGCUCAAAAAAUGUUGGCUAGGGAGUUAAUAUGUGACAUUGAGCGAGGGGCAAGCCUACUUGUUACUGGUCCAAAUGGAAGUGGAAAAAGUUCUAUUUUCAGAGUUCUUAGAGGACUCUGGCCAAUAGCCAGUGGAAGACUCUCUAAACCAUCUGAAGUUGUGGAUCAAGAUGCUGGAUCCGGUUGUGGCAUCUUUUAUGUUCCUCAACGACCGUAUACAUGUUUGGGAACCCUAAGGGAUCAAAUUAUAUACCCCCUUUCCCGUGAGGAAGCAGAGGUUAAAGCACUGAAAAUGUAUGGAAAAGGUGAAAAGCAUGCUGACACCAGAAAUUUGUUAGAUUCACGGUUAAAAUUUAUCCUAGAGUGUGUACGAUUGAAUUAUCUUCUAGAAAGGGAGGAAGGCAACUGGGAUGCCACUUUAAAAUGGGAAGACAUUCUUUCUCUAGGAGAACAACAAAGAUUGGGGAUGGCACGCUUGUUCUUUCACAGUCCCAAGUUUGGAAUCCUUGACGAGUGCACCAAUGCAACUAGUGUUGAUGUCGAAGAACACCUAUAUGGGCUUGCGAAAGAUAUGGGAAUCACAGUUGUUACUUCCUCACAACGUCCUGCUUUAAUACCAUUCCAUUCAGUGGAAUUGCGGCUGAUUGAUGGUGAAGGUAAUUGGGAGCUUCGAUUGAUCAAGCAGUGA